AUGUCCCGUCUUCAAUCCAUCAAAGAGGAGAUUGACAGAGUAAACCUCGAGAUCCAGCAAGCAGAACGUGAAUACGAUCUAAACCGUGCAGCAAAGCUCAAAUACGGGCUUAAACUCCCUGCAGCAACAAAUCCAUCAGUGACGGCUGUAGCUGAAGCAAUCCAACGCUCUAGAGCUGGUCUCUCGGAUCCAUGCCGUCCAAUACCUAGCUUCAUGUUCAUGGGACCAACAUGUGUUGGUAAAACCGAGCUAGCCAAAUCAUUAGUUUCUUAUCUCUUCAACCCAGAGGAAGCUUUGGUUAGAAUCGACAUACGUGAGUAUAUGGAAAAACACGCUGUGUCAAGACUCAUCGGUGCUCCACCUGGAUACUUUACUGAAGUGGUUAGAAGAAGGCCUUACUCGGUGAUCCUAUUCGAUGAGAUUGAGAAUGCUCAUGGUCAUGUGUUCAAUGUGUUUCUCAAAUUCUUGGAUGAUGGAAGAGUCACUGAUUCUCAAGGCCGUACAGUGAGUUUUACAAACACCAUUAUUAUCAUGACCUCGAACGUUGGCUCGCAGUAUAUCUUGAAUGAUGACACGAAUGAGCUUGGUUAUGAGACGAUUAAGAAGAGAGUUAUGGAUGCUGCGAGAUCAAUCUUUCGUCCUGAGUUUAUGAAUAUACUGGCUCGUGUGCAGAAGAGAAUUGCGGAUAGGAAAAUGAAGAUAGAGAUCACUGAUACAGCGGUGGAUCUUCCUGGAUGCCUCGGGUAUGAUCCUAACUAUGGAGCUAGACUUGUAAACUGUUAA